CUACUACCACGUGUAGACAAAGUGUGCCUGACAGUGUCAACUACAAAAGCGCAAUUCUAGAUUACAUUGAGUACCGGAAAAUCAUACAUUAUACGUCAGAUUACUCAGAGGAUCGAAGUAUAACUUAAGAUUCAAUUUGGAAAUAAAAGAAGAAGGAAAUCAAAUACCAUCGAAGCUACAAGCUCAAGCUCGUGUGUCUGCUCCACAGACUCAUAAUUCUGGACUACACGUGCUCCAGCAGUCUAGCAGGCCAGUUGCGUUAAAAAGUGUCCAAGUGUUUUUUCUCUGUGGUGAUUGACUGCUCGUUGCUUACAGCAGUACUCUAACGAUUUCACAAUGGUGAAGGAAGAGCCGAGCGAUACUUUGACGACUGCAGCUGACGAUUAUGUUCUCGAUUCGGUGGAUCCUUGCAAAGCAGAAAAAUCUGAAAUAUUGUCGUUUCAUGCAUUAUCGCCAAAACAAGAAAAUGAAACUAUAGCAUCAGAGGAAAGUUUAGAUGCAAAUGUACUGAUAGAUUUUGAGUGCAAAGAUGUUAAACUUCAACCAACGUCUUUGUCGACAAAUAUUUGCAAAUCCGAGUAUCAAAAUUGUCAAUCUAUUGUAAAAAUCGAAAAAGAAAAUCAGUCUGAUACUACAAAUGAAAAUAUAUUCGUCGAUUUUGAGUGCAAAGAUGUUAAACUUCAACCGACGUUUUUAUCGACAAAUAUUUGCAAAUCCGAGUAUCAAAGUUGUCAACCUAUUAUCGAAAAAGAUAACCAAAAUCCGCACAAUUACGUGAAUAAAAGAAAGCUUAUAGUUUUGAUUAAAAAAGGAUUUAAUUAUGAUGAUAAUUGUCGAUUGAAUGCCAACUCUCGUUUAAAACUGACGGAAUGUGAGAAGCUAAGGAAUGUUGAUGAAAUUGUUGGAAAAAAAUCAUCUUAUAAGUCAAGAGUGUGUCGAAAAACUAAUACUGCAUCUGCAAGUCUUAAAAAUCAAACCAAUGCCAAACGUAAAAGCAUUGGACCAAACGAAUGCGAAAUUUGUCAUAAAUCAUUUGGACGAAAAGGUUAUCUUAAAACUCACAUAAGUGUAGUACAUAAUCGCAACAGUCCCUUCAAAUGCGACAUUUGUCAGAAAUUAUUUGGAUACAAAAGUAUCCUCGAUAAACAUAUAAAUGCAGUACAUAAUAAAAUCAAACCCUUCGAAUGUGAGAUUUGUCAGAAAUCAUUUGGCAGCAAGGGUCAACUGAAAACUCACGUAAAGAUAGUGCACGAUUGUAUCAAAUUCUUCGAAUGUGACAUUUGUCACAAGUCAUUUUCAUAUAAAAGUAAUCUCGCCAAACACAUACAUGCAGUACAUAUGCGUAGCAAGCCUUAUCAAUGUAAUAUUUGUCCUAAAUCAUUUGGAAGAAAAACUCACCUUAAAUCUCACAUAAGUGCAGUACACGAAAAGAAGAAACCCUUUCAAUGUGGCAUUUGUCUGAAAUCAUUCGGAUACGACAGGGAUCUCAGAAAACACAUAAGCGCAGUACAUGAUCGUUUAAAACCCUAUGAGUGUGAAAUUUGUCAUAAGUCAUUUGGACGCAAACAUCACCUCGAAUAUCAUACAAUUGGAGUUCACUAUCAAAGCCAAUCCGUCGAAUGUGAGGAAUGCCACUUAUCAUUUCGAAACCACGCGGAUCUCCAAAGGCACAUUGAUGAGGUACAUGCACAGAAAAAAAUUUUUGAAUGCGACGUUUGCCACAAAUCAUUCGGCCGCAAGGGUGACAUCAAAAUUCACAUAAAUAAAGAACAUAAUCCGAACAACCCCUUCGAAUGUGAAAUGUGUCAUAGAUCUUUUAUGUACCAAAGCCUCCUCAAUCGUCAUGCGAAUGAAAUACAUUAUAAUAUUAAAUCCUUCAAAUGUAAGAUUUGUCACAAGUCAUACGGCCGGAAGGAUUACCUUAAUUCACACAUCGAUUCUGUACAUAAUAAGAGCAACUCCUUCGAGUGUGACAUUUGCAAAAAAUUAAUUGGAUCCCAGAAGACUCUGAAGCAACACAUAUUGACAGUACAUGAUCGUAUCAAACCCUUCAAAUGUGAAACUUGUAAUAAAUCAUAUGGGCAAAAAAGUACUCUCAAUGUACAUAUAAAAAGAGUACAUGAUCGUAUCAGACGAUUCGAAUGUGUUAUUUGUCACAAAUCAUUUGAAAAUAAAGGUCAACUCAAAAUUCACGUAAGUGCAGUGCACGAUGGUAUGAAACCUUUCAAAUGUGAAGUUUGUCAUAAAUCUUUUGGACAAAAAGGUACCCUUACUAUACACACAAAUGCAGUACACAAUGGAAUCAAACCCUUCAAAUGCGAUGUCUGUCACAAAACAUUUGGGCGCAAAGCUGACCUCGAUAGACAUGUAAUUACAGUUCAUGAUCGAAAAAAUUCCUCUGAAUGUCAAAAUUUUGACUAAUCACCUCUUAAAAGUC